CUUCCCAUCUUGGGCCAGCAAAGAAUCAAGCAAAGGUGCCUUUGAGUGUUUCGCGGUGUUCGAUGUAUGUGGUAGCAAGACGCGUCUUGCCAACAUCACCACCAUUAUUGCUGACCGGUAAUAGCACUAGCAGCUAUGCUCUCGACGAAGAAGUUGUUUACCGAGCACUUGCUGACGCUAGUGCUCACGCUCAGCCUGCUGCGAAUCGACCCGGAAAACUAUCUCGAUCUGCAAUGGGGCGGACGGAUGGCGCGCGUAGGAGAUGCAGGCGGCUGGCAGCUGGAACUGUUGGCCGCCGGUCCGGAUUACUCCAACCAAUCGUACGUGAACCGUAAGUUUUUGCCGCCCAUCAUCGAAAAUCUGUCCCGGUUCGAGCAGCCCUUCAUCGAGCAGAACCAUCGCGGGCUGCAGACGUACCUGCUGAACGUGCUCGAUGCGAAUGAUGAUGGCGCGUCUGCCGGUACGAUCGCCGAAGAACGACCACCAUCGCCAGUGCCUUCGGUCGCGUCCGGUGGUGGUGGCGGUACAGUGCUGCCGGCAGCGGCACACAACGCCACCAUGAACGUGCUGGCCAACUUCGAUGUGGACGCUGAGGACAUAUUUCUCAGUACGAAUUUAUUCGAAGAAACGACCUCGGUGUUUGACCAAAACAUGGCCGAUCUGAGCGAGUACGAUACGAUACUGCUGGAGAAUCCGAUGGUGAAGUUUGACGCCGGCGCUGCCAGCAUGCCAGACCUUGAGGGUACGAUAAUGAGGGCAAGGUCGCUAAUGAAUUCUGCCACCGAAGCAAACAAACGACUCGACGUGAAGGUAGAGGAAGAGGAAAAGGCUACGACUAGUAGCUCGGCUCCGAUGCAUGGUGAUACGGGCGGGUUGGAGGCUUCCAGAACCAACAAGACACGUGCGUACGAUGAGGAGGAAGACGACGAUGAUGAUGAUCCGGAGGAUGGGCACGAUAAUAAAGCAGCCAUCCAGCGUCGGAUUAAGGAUGGCAAAAACACACAGCAAAAGCAUCUCGUGAGCACGGAUUUGGAUAACAACACUGAAGUGACGACGACGAUGAAAAAGGAGCCGGCCAAUGAUACGACGACAGACGCAUCCGCCGCCGCUGCGUCGUCGCCGGAUCUUACACAGGAGGAAAUGGAUCUAAUAGAAGUCCUCUGGAAACAGGAUGUCGAUCUUGGCUUUACCCUCGCCAAUGCAGCCCUCUCUUCCGCCUCCGAAGGAACCAGCUCGUCGAUAUCGGAGGGAGCAUCUAGUUCCAACAUCAAAAGCGAUACUGAGGACGAUUUGGAAAAGCUGAAGGUUCUGCUGGAGAUAAAAAAUGAUAAGAACGCCGACUAUGAAAAGCAUCACGAAGCGGCGGAUGAUAGCAGCUUGGUCGAUCCUUGGGCAGGACUAUCUUAUACAAUCGACACGGAAACAGGCGAGUACGUUUUAAACAGCUCGGACAUAGACAACAGUCUACCGCCGCCGUUGGCUGAUUUAUUCCUGGAGGAAGGCUUAACACUACCGGAUCUUGGUGACACAGUGGUGGACCCAAUUCCUGAAGACAAAUCGGAUGAGAGGAGGGAAAACCUUGAACAUCAAAAUCAGGACCACGAAGAACAAGAAAUCGCCGAGGUGAAGCGCAUCGAACGGGAACUGCAGCAGGUCUCAGUGGAUGAGAUUUGUCUAGGUGGCGCUUCCGGUUCGACGGAUGCUGAUCACAGCAAUUGCGACGAUACCGGGGAGAACCUCGAUACAACAAACGAUUCUGUAGCGGACACGACGACGUCCGACGAAGGCCUCGAAACAGCACCGGUGACCGAUGAUCUAGAGGACCUGCUUUGCGACAUGAUGAUACAAACGUCGUCCCACUUUCAACAUACGCGCCAGAACACACAAGGCUACGGCCAUGGCGCCAUGAGCAGCUUCCGGCAAACAACGACUGGGGGAUCUGGUUACCAUCACCAUCACCACCAUCAUCACCAUCAUCAUCAGUCCCGUGUACCGUUGAGCCGAGCAGUUUCGAUGGAACAACGCUGGCAGGAUUUGGCCAAUCUGCUUAGUUUUCCACCCGGAAUGGGAGUAGGAAUGGGUGUCGCCGAUAUGCCACCGUCCCAUCCAACGCAUGCUCACUACCCAUCACACUAUCCAUCUUACCAGCCGAGCGGAGCGAUUGCUGGCCCACAGCAUGGCCAAUAUCACCACCCGUCGCAUGCCGCCGUGCUGCAGAAUGCGUCGCUGGCCGAUAUUUCACCGGCUCAACCGCAUUACGGUGCAAACCUGGGCUCGGCCGUCGCCACCAGCAUGCAUCUCACCAACUCGACGUCCGAGACGGAUGCUGGCACGUCCGGGUACAAAAUGGAUCCUGAGAUGAUGUACUACUCGAACACGUCGUCGGAAAUGAACCACACCGAUGGCUUUUUGAAUUCCAUUCUGAACGACGAAGAUUUGCAACUGAUGGAUAUCGCCGUCAACGAAGGUAUGUACACCAUGCGAAUGCUGGAACACAAUGGAACGGCCGGAAACAAUGCUUCAGGCGGAAUGUUGGGCAUGUCGACUGGAGCGCCGAAUUUGGUGAACCACGGUGCACAUCCGCAUCAUCCGCAUCUUUCGCUUAUGUCGUCGGCCAGCGGCAGUGGAGCCGUUGGCGGUAAUCUACAAAAUGCCAUGAAUGUCAGCGCCCUAGUCAAUGGAUCGUCCUCGUCGUCUGCAGCGUCCGGCGCAUCGUCGGGUGUCGCGGGUAGUGUUGGCGCUAGCAGUGGUGCAGGACCACUGGCCGGAUCCGGUACGCCAGGCGAUCGGCUCGAUGCGUCCAGCGACAGUGCCGUUAGCUCGAUGGGAUCCGAACGUGUCCCAUCGCUGUCGGACGGCGAGUGGGGCGAUGGUGGCAGCGACAGUGCGCAAGAAUACCACAACGGCAAGUAUGGUGGACCGUACGAUUACAGCUACAACCAAACGAACGGAGGUGGCCCACCGAGCCGGAUGGGUGAGCACGGUGCACGGCAGGCACCGCCCGUCGCACAGAAGAAACAUCACAUGUUUGCGAAGCGUUACUUCCAGGAGCAAAAUACAACCAGCGUACCUUCGAUUCAUCCCUCACCGAAUGGCAGUGUGGCCGGCGCGAACGCAGGUCCUGCAACGGGGCUAGAUGGGGGCGCGACCGGGGGUGCUGCUGGCGGAGGUGGUGGUAAUGGCGGUGGUGCAGCGGCGGGAGUUUUGUUGCCAACGGCGAUUAAGUACGAGUAUGACUACAUGAACGUGGUGGGACCUGCGACAACGAUCGGAGGUCCGCUAGAUGGUGCAGCAAAACCGGAAGAUCAUCAGACGCAUCUGCAACAGCACCAUCACAAUGGAAGUCAUCACGAUUCCACGUCGGCGGCCGCUGCAGCAGCCGCACUAACUGACAUGAAGUAUCCGUACGGAAUUGAUUUCCCACGUAGCCACCAUUCGUCCGCGUUGGGUGGCCGUACACUGCAGCCACAGGAUAUGAUACACCACAACCACACGUACACGCUACCGUUUGCCACGCCAAACGCGGCCAAUGCUCAUCAGGGCACUAAGCCACAAACACGGGACAAAUCUCGAUCCCUGCACGGUCGGAAGGCGGAAGAGGAACAUUUGACGCGCGAUGAAAAGCGUGCCAGAGCGCUGCAAAUUCCGAUCCCGGUCCACGACAUCAUCAAUCUGCCGAUGGACGAAUUUAACGAGCGGCUGUCAAAGUACGACCUCAGCGAAACGCAACUUUCCCUCAUCCGGGACAUCCGAAGGAGGGGUAAGAACAAGGUGGCGGCCCAAAACUGUCGCAAGCGCAAGCUCGAUCAGAUUGUCUCGCUAGCGGACGAGGUGAAGGACAUGAAGAUGCGCAAGGAGCGUCUGAUGCGCGACCGGGAGAUGGUACUAUCGGAGCACAAGAAGAUACGGGACAAAUUUUCCGUACUUUAUCGGCACGUUUUUCAGAAUCUUCGUGAUGCCGAUGGAAAUCCUUACUCGCAAGAGCACUACAGCCUGCAGCAGAGUGCGGACGGAGCGGUGGUACUAGUGCCGCGCAAUUCCGAAAGAUCGGCCGGUGGUUCCAACCACCUAAACUCGAAUGGAACAUCCAAUGGGGUGCAUCAUUCGUUACACCAUUCGCUAACUGGUGGCCAUCACGGACACCAUCACGGUCCUCAUCACCAUCAUCAUCCUUCUCUGCAGCAACAUCUGCAACAUCACGGUCUACUCGGAGGUUCGUCUUCGAUGGUCGGAGGUGGAGUUACGAACGGUGGAACCGGUUCGCUCGCAAUGAACGGAACCAUUUCGGCGAGCAGCAGUAACAGCCACAGUAACGGUGUCAACGGCAACAGCAAUAAUGGUAGUAAUGGCGGCGGUGCCAGUGGCAAUGGCAGUGUCGCGGGUAAUGGCAGUAUGAAUGGUACAGCCUCCGCAACGGCGGCAGCCGUGGUGCAUCAGCGCUCAGCGAAGGAGUAG